CAGACUGAAGUGCCUAGUCCAUUGUAGGUGGUUUAAAACGUUAUUUAAUUGAUUUAUCGAAAAGGCGGGCUACGGCAUUUAGCCACAACGGUAUCCCUGCUCUAGUGCAAUAGAGUAAUAGGUCUUUGAAUCACGAAGGCCUGAUUUGGAUUCACGUCCUGGGGUUAACCUCAGUGUCCCCAAGAAACUACGUAUCCGCAUUCAUAGAGGGCGUUCCCAAGGCUAAAGAAAUAACAGGCCAGUUUAAAAAAAGAAAAGAAAAAAAAAAAAAAAGACGAGAUUAAUGAUCACAUCAGUCUAGAUGGCUGGAGGGUGGGGUAGGAUGUUAUAGAUAGGAAGCACCACAGAAUCAUCGCCCGGCAAAGCUCAACUCAGUCUGCUGAGGAUGCAGAGUAAGCAGGAGGGGUAUCUAAAAGAUGUGGGGAUCAAGGCCAUGACCAAAAUCCACGAACUCGCGAGGUAAGUAAAGAGUCGCAUCGACCCCACUCUGCCUUUCUGGUGAUUUCUCCUCCCGACUCAAGCGCGCUCCCAUAGUCAGACGCCCGACGUUGGCAGGUCACGCGGGCAGCGCGAUGACGUUGGACGGCGGCUCACUAGGAGAAAGAAUUUUGUCCCCUCCCCCCUCCUCCUGGCUCCCCCAUCCUCGGGCCCCGAGUGGACUAUGCCGCCGUCGUCGGCGGCCCGAACCGCUGUGGAGACGUUGGCGGCCGGGGCUUAGCCCGGCGGCCACCGCGGCGGCGGCCUCUAGCUUCGGUUCCGUCCCGCCUCCACCCGGAAGGGAAGCCGCCGAGGGGAGGAGUAGCGACCCGGGUCGCCGCGGGAGGGACGGACGGAAAGCGGGCGGUAGAGGGACCCGGGCUCGAAACUUGAUUCUCGGGGGAGGGGAAGUUCCCGCCCAGGAACCCGAGCGGCGACGUCGGGAGUGGCCUCAGUUGAUUAUGGAAGAUUCCCACAAAAGUAACAGUUCAGAGACAGCACCACAACCAGGUACAACAGUGCAGGGUGCUCAUAUCUCUCACAUUGCUCAACAGAUGUCACUAAGAGGAGCUGCACCAAUGACAGUUGUACAUCUUUCUGGAGAACAAGUACAGAGUCAGGGGGUCAUCCAGACUGCUCAUUCGUCUUCAGUAAUCCACCCCCCCCAAGUACAGACAGUUCAGGUAUCAUCCUGGUCAGAUAGUGAGGAUUCUCAGGAUUCAUCUGAUAGCAUAGGCUCUUCACAGAAAGCUCGGGGGAUUCUGGCACGGCGUCCAUCUUAUAAAAAAAUCUUGAACGAUCUUUCUUCAGAAGACACUAGAGAUAGAAAAGGGGACGAAGAAAACCCUGGAGUUUCAACAGUUACAUCUAUGUCUGUCCCAACUCCUAUCUACCAGACCAGUACUGGACAAUACAUUGCUAUUGCCCCAAAUGGAACAUUACAGCUGGCCAGUCCAAGCACAGAGGCAGUACAGGGGUUACAAGCAUUGACAAUGACAAAUGCAAACAAUACUCAACAAGGAACAACAAUUCUUCAAUAUGCACAAACAUCUGACGGACAGCAGAUACUUGUCCCUAGCAACCAAGUGGUUGUACAGACUGCAUCAGGAGAUAUGCAGACUUAUCAGAUUCGUGCCACACCAGCAAAUACUAAUCUUCCACAGACAGUAGUGAUGACAUCUCCAGUCACUCUAACAUCUCAGACGACCAAAACAGAUGAUCCACAGAUGAAAAGAGAAAUAAGAUUGAUGAAAAAUAGAGAAGCUGCUCGAGAAUGCCGUAGAAAGAAAAAAGAAUAUGUUAAGUGUCUGGAAAACAGAGUUGCAGUUUUGGAAAAUCAAAAUAAAACUUUAAUAGAAGAAUUAAAAACUUUAAAAGAUCUCUACUCCCAUAAAAAUGUUUAAGAAAAGUUAAACAAAUUUUAUGGACUUACCUAAAAAUUUAAUUGAUUUUUUAAAAUGGAAUUUUAAAAACUAAAAGGUCAAAAAUGAAACUUUUAAAACUGGGAGUUGCAGCAUAAAGACUAAAAGAUUUUAUUUACAAGGUGCUGGUGAUAGUACCUAAUGAAAAUAAGAGGACUUCAAGCAAGCUUCUUGCACAACUGGAACCUCUGUUGCAAUUAACAUUAACAGUUGUACCAGAACGUGGAUUUCAACAAUUUCCCAGGUAGUACUUAUCAACAGAGUUUUGCAAUUGAGACUAUCCAUUAAUGGAAAUCUUAUGUGGGAUUUUUAACCAACAUUCUAUUUGGUAUAGAUUUUCAUUACUUACUAGGUUCUGAAAUGUGCCCUUUUUUGUUUGUAUAAAUAUUUUUUCAGUCACUAUUCUAAAUGACAAAUUUACAAGAAAAUCUAAUGCUUUAUAAAAUGUAUAAAUUAUGUGUACUUUCUCAAUUGUCAAGUCUUUAAAAUGAUCUUUUGAAAAAUGUUUGUUUUGUAAGAAGUUUAGGGGAGAAAAAAAUAGAACAAUCGUUUUUCAGGUUUUGUCUUUUGAGAUGUCCAAGCCAUGUGAACUGAAAAUGAAACUUUCAAAGAAGUAUUCCAAUCAUUUUAUAGAAACAUGUCAGUAAACUGGACAAAAUAGUAUAAACAUUUGAGAAUUUUGAAAAAUAGUAAUGAUUUUGCUUUUUUGGGGUGUGGUGUAACUUUCUCUAAAUGUAUCAUAAUAAAUCAUGUGCUGAUUCUGUAUGCAGCUGAUAUACAUUACUUAUUCUACUGUGCUCUAAUAGAAAUGUUUACAAGCCCCUAAAGUUAUUUUAGAGGAUUUUUAAAAAUCAGCUCAAGAUACAUACCAAAGUAUUUUUCCAAGAGGGUUUUUUUCCCUAAUCAAAAUCUAAUGUAGGGCAUAUCAGUUUUAAAAUAAUGCAAUUUUAAAACAACUAUUCAUGUAGAAAAUAUUUUGUGAAGUAAUAAAUGGUACCUUUGUAAGAAAAAAAUGACUAUUUUUAUAGCUAAUCUUCAUAAAUUCUAAAAACUGUUUUUAUGCAUAUUUUAUCUGUUUAUAUGGUUUUUAGUAAAAAAAAAAUAGAUAUUUUUGUCUCAGAUUAUCAUUUUUAUAUUCUCAUGGGGAAUAAGGUUUUCUGAAUUGCAAGUAUUUCAAUUAUGUGCAUUUCUGUAAAAUUAACUGGAAAUCGCAAAUACGCUGUCAUUAGUACAUCAGUACUUCUGUAAUCAAACUACUCAUUUUUGAGCUUACCUACAAAAAUAUUAUCAUGUGUACCAUUUUGUCUUAUUCCUAUAAAAAUUAAAGGGCAUUUGAGAUAAUCAAGACUGUUGGUUGUAAAAAAAAAAAAAAAUACAACUUGGGAGAAAAAGUUUAACCAUGAAUGAUAACCAAUUUCUUUCUUCUUAUGGUUUAUGGUUUCACCAAAAGUCAUGUUAACUAUUGAAAUGCACCUGUUAUACUAGAAACAAUACAAAAACUAAACAAGACAUGCUUUUGGAAGGUCUAGAUUAGAAAAGAAGGAAAUGCAACUAGAAGUUUGCAAGAGCAAAUUAUUACAUGAGCUUGAAGAAAGUCUUACCCAAUCAUGUCAGUGAAGUCUUCAUGAACAAGUUGGUAUUUGGGCUGCCUUUGAAGUGAUAAAUAGGAUUUCAGAAAACAGAGAUUUGGGACAAGGGAUAGGAAAUGGCAUGAAGUUACAGAGGAAGAUGGGAAGGAUACAUAUAUAAGAUGUAGGAUAAAAGGGUUUGGAUAGCUCCAAAUUGUGCCUGACCUUGAAGACACACUCCUGACUGGCCCAGGGUCAUGUGCUAGUGAGUGCCAAGUGUUUGAGGUCUGAUUUGAAUUCAGGUCUUCCUGACUCCGGUGCCAGUGUGUCACCUAGAUGCUCCUCUUUAAGGAGUUGGGUUUGGGAGUUUUUUUGUGCUCUGUUUUGUUUUAAAUGAAUUGAUUAUGUCAGUUUUGUUACAUCAAGUCAUAGGCAUUAAGGAUCAAGUUAUAACUUUCUGUUAUAUUUGAUUUUUGUUAUACUUCAAAAUUCUCUGAACUGUCACAGAUCUAUUAAAGUAGUAACAUGGCUAAUAUAUGAAUAUAAGCCAAAUUGAAGGCAAAGAUUUACUAUAUAAAUUGUUGAAGCAGUCCUCAGCAAACAAGUUUGCAAUCAGUACACAUCACACUGAAUUUUACAUGAAUCUGUGUAAGUCCUACAUUGAAAGGUGAUAUUUUACACAAGGAAUCAUACUAUUCCAAAGUGCUUUUUGCUUACAUAAUUUGCAGGUGGGUUCCACUAUUGAAAAAUUAUUAAUAGAAGAAUUAUACAUUUUAUGUAUUAUUUUUUAAGUAAAGUCAGUGCUGAUCAUCAAUUCUUUCUGGUGAAAAGUUUAACCAGUCAGAAACCAAGAAAAAUAUUGUGGAAAACAAAUUUUAAAUUUAAUAAACAUUGUAGUUUUCGUGUCUGAA